GUGGGGAAGAAUGGUCGUGAGAAAGAAACGCCGCAAGGGCAACGGAGCAACGGAGGAGCCACCGUCAAUUGCCGCCGACGAUCUUAUAUCAUCACUGCCCGACGAGAUCAUACACAAAAUCCUCGGCCGCCUCAACUCUCCAAAGCAAGCGGCACUAACAAGCGCGUUGUCCCGAAGAUGGCUCAAUCUAUGGCGAUCUUACCCGGUGGUGGAGUUUCGCAGCAACGAGUUCAACAAGUCCGCCGCAGGCCAAAGAAAAUUCUCCCGAUUCGCCGCCUCUGCCCGGAAACUCUGGAAGCGCAGGACGCCGCUCGAUGCGCUCCGGCUAUCGCUUGCCAUUAUUACCAAACCCGCCCAGGGCAUACUCGCCAGGUUGCUCGCGUCCGCGUUACGCGCCGAUGGCGGAUCUCCGCUCGAGGUCGAGAUCGGCACCACCUCCUUCUACAAGAUUCCCGAGGGAUUGUUGUCCAAUUGCAGCCGCACUAGAGUUCUCAAGAUCAAAGGUUGCAACUUGAAUGCACUGGGAACCGUUUCUUUGCACAGUCUCCAGGUUCUUAAUCUCUCCAUUGUCAGAAUUACUGAUCAAAUCCUCCACUAUAUCCUGGAGAAUGCCCCUAAUCUCGAGUCGCUGAGUUUGAGUUUGUCUGGUGGAAUUGAAAGGCUGGAGGUCUCUGCUAGAAAUUUCCCCAAAUUGAAAACCCUAGAGAUUCAUACAGGUGGAUAUGUUUCUGAGCUUGAACUCCUGCUCUCUACAGCGCCUUUCCUCGAGAGGUUAGACCUUACGGAGGGAACGAAGCCAUGGAAGCUGAGAAUAUUGUCCUUAUCUUCGGCUCCAAAUCUCAAAUUUCUGAAGAUCACCAACUUCGACAGUGAAGAAAUUGUACAAUCCGAUCAUGUUAAUGACUUCAUUACCAUGUUGCCGUCUCUUCGUGUUCUUGAAAUCUUUGGGAGGGAAUCCCAUGUCCAGGUGGAGCUACAUCCUGAUUCACCCCCUACCCUGAAGACUUUGCCGAUUAUAAUUAGUACGACAAUGUGCAAGAUGAAUAUAGUACCACCAUUUCUAGCUCCUUAUCUCAAAGAUUUGUACCUCAGCUUCGCCAUCGGAAUUACACAGCGCCAUCUUGAUGAUCUGAUCUCGAAAUUGCCAUGUCUCGAGUCUCUUUCCUUGAAUCUGGACAAUGGUAGCAACUGUGAAUCGAAUAAGAUGAAGCUUCGCAGUGAUCGGCUUAAGAAGUUCCGGUUGUCUGACUGGAACCGCAACGAGAGGGACACCCUGCAGGAGCUUGAAAUUGAUGCUCCUAAUCUGGUUGAUAUCAUCUACUUUGGAAGUAUGUUGAGGUUUCCAGGCAAGAUUGAUGUUGUGAGUGUGGGAUCUAAUUGCCAAUUUGAUAUUCAGGGGGUUGGUUUCCCUCUCAUCUCAGCACGCUUGACCUACGAAUGGUUUUCGGAAUUGAGGCAAUCUUUCUCGGCAUUGAGUUCUUUCCACCUGAUCAUGGGGUUUAGCGGCUUAGAUUUGUCACAGCAGGUCUCAUUCGAUUUGGGUCAAGUUGAGUGUUCUUUCCCUCCUCUAAUUGUUCAAUCCUUACGGCUGGGGUUCACAUUGGCGGCAUCCCCAAACUAUCAGAGUGGUAACCCUAAUGCGGUUAUUCAAGAUGUACAGAAUAGCGUAACUUUCCUUAAUGGUUUAUUUUGGGCGUGCCGACCUAAAUUCAUUUGCAUAGCUCAAUUCUCUGAUGUAGAUCGUUGGUUUGCGGAGGUCAUUUGUGAGCAACUUACAAAUCGAGACGUAGCAAACUGUUGUGUUGGUGCUAAGUGUUGGCGACAUGAACUGAGAGAUGUGAAAAUAGGCAAUGCAAGUCAUGAGGAUAUGAAGAUUUCCAAGAAUGAAGUUUUACCGCUUGCCAAAGAUGUGAAUGUGGAGAUUUCAUUCGUAUUAACAUGGUGUUAGCAGGGGACGGGGGUGAAGCCAGGAAGUUAACUUUGGGGGGCCAAAAAUAAAAAAUUAUUAGAUAUUCUUUUAUUAAUAAAUUAAUUAAAUAUAUCAUUGAAAUAGUGGUCAAUAUAAAUGUUCCAACAAAAAAAUCAGUCAU